AUGGCGACAGAGACGGCGGUCGGGGGAGUCGCAGCGCCUUCAUCGUCUGGAACAAUCUCAAGACGUGUUUUACGCAAGACGCUCAACGAUGCGCUGGCGAUUGCGAGCUAUGCGGUCCAGCUCGACACGGAGGGCGACUAUGCGCGGUCGAUGGAAGCAUAUCAGCAAAGUGUAGCACUCCUCGACCAGGGAAUCAGUCUCAUGCAGCUCCAGCGUGACCUGGGUUCUGAGCGUCCAGGCCGAGACACCUCGCACGAGAUUUCUCAGCUCGAACAGAUUCGUGAAAAAUACGCUGCUCGCAUCAACACGCACAGGUCGGAGCGCGACCGAAAGGCAGCGAUCCUGGCAGCUAGGGAAUCAAAUCAUGUCUCUUCAAAUCAUCAUCACACGACCACAAUUCGUCGUCCGCGCACUCCUCAGGGCUCGUCUAUCCCGCCCCCUCAGCAUCCGCCGCCGAGCGCGCCUUUGCCGCCCAUUCCGCCCAUGGCGAGUCCAGCUGUGGAUACAGUCAGGACCUCCAACGACACAGUAGUAGAAUCUAAUGGUUUCCGUACUCGGGGCGCCUCUUUGCCCUCGAAUCAGACGGAACCGACGCGUGACAGCGCUCUCUCGUCCUCGAGUUCGACAAAUGUCAAUUCCGAAAUUAGCGGUGCCAGCAGGAAUGGCAGCUUUUCACUCAAAUCCCCAAAGACGCCUCCACCUCCGACACCUUCCACCGCUACGUCGAUCCGGUCGACAAACCUCGACUCGUUCCCCGUGCCCAAAAAGCGCACAAAGAGUAUUGGCAGACCCCAGACUGCACCCGGUCCAGGGGCCUCGUCGCCGCCUACCAGCAAUGGUAGCCCUAUCCGGACGCGUACAACGUCAGGGGCGACUCCGCCAUCUCACGUUCUUCCCAAGCGAUCAAAUUCAUCCACCGCCCUCUCUUCUUCAUCGGUUACGUCGCCCGUCUCGCCCAUCGUCCAGCCCCAGCAGCAGGGACCACCACGCCUACAACGAUUCGGGAGCUCGACCAACAUUCGCCAUGGUCUCCUGUCGCCGUCACCAGCAUCGCUAAGCUCGAAGCGAGUCGACUUGAUUCCCUUGCGAGAGCCAAAGACGACCAAAAUUGAAGUACCCGCUUUUGCGACCAUUUACGCGCUCGAGCCUGCGACAAAAGUGACAGCGCCUCCCCCACCUCCAAUGCCUACGGACCCUCAACGUCACCCAUAUCAUCUGCUCCGGCUCAUUCUUGGCACGUUGACACCGAUUUCCUCGCCAGGGCUCAAGAGCUCUCAGCCGACGGGAGGAGGAUUCAUUACCCCACGACUUUAUGUCCCGGUGGCCAUCUGGCAUCAGCCGGAUCUAUGGACGCUGGUCGUCGACCUGCAAGAAAAGACUCGCCUGCUCGAGGCCCUCCGUGAAACGCUGAGGACGGUCCACGAGACGAGCGUGAUCCAUUUCGGGCAUAUCUUCUUUUCGCCUCUUCGAGCGCCUGCAAAGCUGAAGAAGACGAAAUCGUCUGAGAAUUCCUUGCCAGCCAUUCCCGCAAUGGAUGACCCGAUUGAAUGGUUGCAGUCGCUCGAAAAGCUGGCCAAUGUCACCUGCGAGAUGGAAAGAUCGAUGAGCAAAAAGCUCGGCAUGGGGGAGAAUGGAGCGAGCGUGACCAAGAAGAUGGUCGACUGGAGCACAAGAAUGGCCAAAAAGACUAUGGGCGGCAAGGGACCCAGUAACGAGCUCAUGGUGGCCUAUGUAGACGCGCUAGCUGGCGUAUGCGCGUUUGGUGCGAUGCUAGACGCGCAUUUGUGCGCGUUGCGCACCGUCUUGCCUCCAUCUGCCGCGACCCGUCCCACAGGAAGGCGACCAACGUUGUCAAGAAGCAACACUGUCGAAGCCGCAAAGGCGCUUUCUGCGUCGCAGACCAAUAUUGCUGUUGCAGCCAAUUCGGUGCCAGAUUUCAAGUCGGAUCCAGACGUGCUCCCUGCAGCCGCCACCCAACUCAUCCCAAAGUAUUCAGAACUCCCAAAGUUUGUGAACACGCAGGCGCUGGCGCAUCUGGAAAAAGCCACCAAAGUGUUUUCAUCUUUUAUUAUUCCAUUUAUUGUCCGGGAUCUUGCCAUUCUCAUUCAGGGCUUGCAGGCUGCGCGGAACGGCGAGUGGAUGGGACUCUUGUAG